UUUUUGCAUUCUUUUUUCAAUUACAAAAAAAAUAUUGUAAUAAUAUUGCGAUUUUUCUACAUAAAUAUUUACAUAUAAUCUGUAUAAACAUUAAUAACUAACAAUAAAAAUGAACAAAGAAUUGUUACAACCAGUAAAUGCAACGAAUCCUAUAGUUUUUCUAGACAUUAACAUUGGCCAGGAAUUUGCCGGCCGUAUUAUAAUAGAAUUACGCAAAGAUGUAGUCCCUAAGACGGCUGAAAAUUUCCGUGCUCUGUGUACCGGUGAAAAAGGUUUAGGCACUUUGGGUAAGCCAUUGCAUUAUAAAGGUGUGCGCUUCCAUAAAGUAACUCGGGUGUAUGUGGCACAAAGUGGUGAUGUGGUAAACAAUGAUGGUUCUUGUGGAGAAAGUAUAUAUGGUCCAAUAUUUGAAGAUGAAAAUUUUCUAUUAGAGCAUUCCGAUGAGGGCUGUGUUAGUAUGGCCAACUAUGGUCAGCCCAAUACAAAUAACUCGCAAUUUAUUAUCUCUUCGGUGGCGUGUGACAAUCUAAAUGGAACAAAUGUGGUUGUGGGAAAAGUACUUAGAGGUUUGGGUAUUAUUGGUGAUAUGGAACAGAAUACCAGCGAUGAUGGAAUACCUAGUGAGGAAAUUGUUAUAGUGAAUUGUGGUGAAAUUACACCAGGACAAGAUUGGGGUUAUAAUGAUGCCGAUGAAACGGAAGAGUGGUUGCCACCAUAUCCACAAGACUGGGAAGAUAAAAUUAAAGAUUUUCCGAUUGAAGAAUUAUUAGAAUUAUUAACCAAAAUACGUAAUGCUGGCAAUUACUACUUUACACGGGAAAAAUUCUAUGAAGCACGACGUAAAUACCGCAAGGCCAAUCGAUAUUACAAUCUUUUGCGUAAACGUUAUGAUUGGCAAGAACUAGCUCAUAUUGAGAGUUCCGAUGAUGAUCUCAGAAAAUUGGAUCAAUUUUCCGUGUUAAAUAAUGUCAAUAUGGCUGCGGUUGAAUUGAAAUUGAAUAAUUACGCAAGUGCAAAAUAUUGUUGUACAGAAGCUUUACGUCUGGAUAACAAUUGUAGUAAGGCAUACUUUAGACGCGGUCAAGCACAAAUAGCCCUGAAAAAUUACGAAGAUGCUAUAAGCGAUUUAAAAAGAGCCCAUGAAUUUAUACCAGAUAAUAAACAUAUUCUGAAUGAACUUAAUCGUGGCAAGCAGUUGUUGGCUGAAUACAACCGCCAUCAAAUGAAAAAAUUAAAAACUCUUUUCAACUAAAUUGUUUUCACAAAAAAUACACAAUUCUCAGGGGUUUCCAUCCAAUUAGUGAAAUGGUUAAAAAAAAAACUUAAAGUUUUAAUAAUUUAUCUUGACAUAAAAAGCAGUUCUUUUCUAAAGUUGCUAAUAAAAUUAUUUAUCUCUAUUUAUUAUUAUACAA